CAGCUGCUCCGACUUCCAGCCCGCCCCCGCACCUCCUCCAGGCGUGUCCGCAGGCCGUCAGCCGCACCUCCGCUAUUCUUCCCGGCUGUCAGUCAGCUGCCGCUCCGCCUUCCAGCCCGCCUCCGUACCUCCUCCAGGCGUGUCCGCAGGCUGUCAGCCGCACCUCCGCUCUUCUUCCCGGCUGUCAGUCAGCUGCCGCUCCGCCUUCCAGCCCGCCUCCGUACCUCCUCCCGGCGUGUCUGCAAGCCGUCAGCAGUCCUUCCGCUCUACACCGCUGCCUGGCUCACCGCUCGGUUAGUUGUCUUCUGCCGGGGUCAGAUUCUCUCUCCUCUGGGCUGCUUGUCGGGUGAUGCGGAGAAUUUCACUCUCUGUACCGCACUGAGGAUUCAGCGACCGGAGCCACACAGUCCCGCUUCUCCUUGACCUCUCGAGCUACGUAAGAAGUACGGUCCAGUAUUUACUAUAUGGAAAGGAAUGGAGCCUGUUGUGGUUCUCUGUGGCUAUGAGGUUAUCAGAGACACGUUGAUAAAACAUUCCGAGGUGUUUAGUGGGCGUCCAUACAGUGCGGUUAUUCAUCACUACAGCGGUGGACACGGUUUCGGCAGCAGUAAUGGUGAGAGGUGGCGCCAGCUGCGCAGAUUUUCAGUGACGUUACUCAAGAAUCAUGGGUCGCAUAAGAUGGACUUCGAGAAACUGGUGUCAGAGGAGACCCAGAGCCUCGUCCAAGCUGUGUCACAACAUGGAGGAAAGGCCUUCAACCCUUACAAUCUUAUGGCCAGUGCUGCGGGAAAUAUGGUCAUGCACAGACUUAUCGGGAAGCGCUUUGAGUAUGAGGACCCAGAUUUACUGGAGAUUAUUGUAGGUGCAAGUAAUUUUAUACGGAAUCUUCAUUCCACCAUGUACGAGCUCGCAGACACAUUCCCAAUUCUCAUCAGACUGCCGAUUAUUAAGCAGAAAAUCUUCAAGGCGAGCUCCCACAUGAAAUCCUUGGUCCAAAACUUCAUCGAUCAACACAAGCAGACGCUAAACCCUGCCGCACCCAGAGACUUCACCGACCUCUUCUUGAUGAAGAUAAAAGAGGAGGAACACGUGCCGGGGAGCUAUUUCUGUGAUAAGAGCCUCCUCAUGACGUUGGUAGACAUGAUCGGAGCUGGGUUUGACUCCACAAGUUUUUCCUUGAGUUUCUGUCUGGUUCUAAUCAGCCAUUUCCCAGAAGAGCAAAGGAAAGUCCAGCAGGAGAUUGAUGAUGUGACCCAGUCACUGCGCCCACCUGGGUUCAUGGACCGGGCACAGAUGCCGUACACUAACGCGGUGGUGCAUGAGAUACAGAGGCUCUUAAAUCUGGCACCUACAGCUCAUUACCACACGGUGACUGAGGACAUUAAGAUCCGAGGAUACACUCUCCCUAAGGGAACAACAGUGUCCCCAUUCCUUACAUCAGUGCUAUCUGACCCCACCCAGUGGGAGACCCCCAAUGAGUUCAACCCGGGGCACUUUCUCGAUGACAACGGGCAGUUCCGGACAAGACCAGCGUUUAUGCCAUUUUCAAUAGGGUCACGUAUCUGUGCUGGAGAGGCCCACGCUCGCAUGACACUAUUCACAUUAUUUGCUGUUCUGCUCCAGAAAUUCACCUUCACCCUGCCCCCUGGGACUGAGCGACAGGACUGGAGAAGCCUGACACUAUUAGAGGUCUGCGCUAUUCCCCGUUCCAUCCUAGGGAAUUUCAUCUAGACAAAAAGUGACCACUGUAUGGACACAAGGCAUGUGAUGUCACUUCAUUGUCCAAGAAGGAGCUUUCUAUAAUGCUGGGUCUUUAUGAGAAAUACUUAUUGGAAUGUAAUGUUCACCAUUUAAAAAUCUAGAUAAAUUUUGACAGCAUUCCAUCUGA